AUGUACCCGACCAAACCAUUCCUUAACCAGUUGUUGGGUAAUUCGGUCUGUAUAAUUAGUUUAUUAGGAAAUGGAGCCAUUGUUUAUGCAACAUUACGUUCGAGAGCAUUGCGAAGUCCAUGCAACAUACUCAUUGCUCUGGUAUCCCUCAGCGACAUGGUGAUGAUCUCGUCCAUUCUCAUAACCACCAUCGUUCACAAUAUCAAACCUCUGAUAGCUUCCCACUCAAAAUCGUACAUCAUUGCACAUAUUCUGCCAGGAUGCAUACUUGGGACUGCCUUGGACGUGUUGGCUUUGACAAAUCAGAAGUACGACGAAGAAGUUUUAUGCUCAUUGACUGCGCCUAUACGAGGCCCAAUCAACGACGUAUUCUCGAAAUUGAUCAUAGCCGUGUGCAUUGUAAUUGUGCUAUGCAAUGCGUCCUUCAUGGUCCUUCUGAAGAAGCUCAACUUGAAGGGUGAAAGGACGAAAAGCAUGUACCGUUCCGUUGUUGUUAUUAGCCUCUCAGUCGUGAUUGGAUAUAUCAGCACACUAGCUAUACUUUCUAUAAAAGGUGUACUGCAACUUAGGUCGACACCAUAUCUGGAUCAGUUUGCUGGGCUACUUAUUAAUAUAUCAAUCUCUGUGAAUUUCUUCGUCUACUAUGGCAUAAGCAAAGAGUAUCGUGCAAUAUUCGACAAACUCCUCGGAAUUGGUCACAUCAAAGCUGCAUUGAAGGGUAAUAAGCUUAGUACUGCUCAACAGACGAGUGCUCCAUUGCCGAAUCGCUCGCCGAUCCAAAUUGACGUUACUCGCUUGGACUAG